AUGAUUGUGUCGAAAAGUUUUUCCUUGAGGGAUGAUUUAAUAGGGCUGAAGCCUCACCAUCAUUGGUCCACAGUGGUGUCCAUACCUCUACUCUAUGCAUAUGUCACUAAGUACAUCACAGGAACAGAUAAAAUGAGACCUAACUGUUACGAAGUGAUCGCCAUGGACGGCACCCUGUCAGGAACGCUGCAGUGCGAGGACGGGAAGAGUUUGGCAGAGUGGAUAAGAUGUAUCACCAACAAUAUUGCUGUUCUCAACAACCAGGCUGUGCUGGUGUCUAAUAAGGUUCUUGUGCCAAAUGAACAUAUUCACACCAUGUGUUGGAGCUGUGAGCACCUGCAGUCCACACGGCAGUGGCAGCACUGGCGACCCAAGUUUGUGGCGCUGAAAGGACAGGAGUUUUACGUGUUUGACGCUCCCCCAGUUCAAACAAGAGACUGGGUAAGAUGUGAGAGGAUUUACAAGAUUUAUGAAACUAUGUUCAGAAUAUUAAAACACAAAGAGCUGAUAGAUGACCGUCAGUACUGUUUUGUGGUGCAGACGGCGCAGCAUGGCGGACUGUACAUGAGCAUGGAGACGCGAGAACAGCUGCUGCAUCUGGAGAAAGCUUGGCACAGAGCCAACUAUCUGGCCGUCAGACAUAUUGGGAGUAAAACAUUUGGUUGUUCUUGGAGGGACAGAAUCUGUGGUCUGACUCUGGACCUUCAGGCUGGCUUCUCACUCUAUGACAGUGAAACCAAGAUUUUCAUGUGGAAUUACAAAUUCUCCCAACUGAAGGGAUCCUCUGAUGAUGGGAAGACAAAACUUCGACUGAACUUCUUUGCAGAAGACAAACAGAAUGUGGAAACAAGGGAAUUGGAGUGUACGGCACUGCAGACGCUGUUGUUGUCAAUCCACGCCUUCCUGUCGGCCAAAUUGGCGUCUGUGGACCCCCAGUUUCUGAAGAAUUUCUGAGACACCAACUUUCCUGUCUGCCAAGUUGGCAUCUGUGGACCCCCAGUUUCUGAAGAAUUUGUGCUGUGAAGACCCUGUCUCUAGAGUAAAGAGGAGAGGAAGGCAAGAGUGGGGUGUAUCAUUGUUUAUACAAGCCUUCCUACCUCUUCUGAUAAAUAAUAAAAGUCUUACUUAAAAGGCUAUUUAUUCACAUCUCCCUAUCAGCCAUAUUGAUUCAAGUUAAUAAAAUAUAAUCACACUGUAAGUAGUUCUACCAAGUUAUCUGAAGUUCUCAUUAAGUGAAGUUGUUGCUAUUAAUAUACUUGAGUUGCGUCAUUCUCAAAUGAGGAAAAGAGUUUUUGAGGGUGACUUAAACAUGUCUAGAUGUACCCCUACCAUAGUUAAGGACAUUUCAUAUGAGGAGAGUCACUUUAAAUAUUUGAAAUCUUUUACGUGUUUGAGGAGAUUGCACAUUAAUAUCAGCACAGUGAAAGGUAGUUGAAGAAGAAUGAUGUAAUGCAAACCUGCCUGGCGUUGAUGGUAUACAAGACAAACCUUGUUUAGGCAGAGAGCAGUAUUAUGUGUGAACUAGUCACCGGGUUUAUAAUAUAAAUUUUAUGGCAUAGAUGAUAGCGGUAUUUCUUUUUAUUUAUUUACAUAUUUUAAAAAAGAAAAAUUGCUUUUACAUCCCUGGGGAAUCGUAUAUCAACUAGUCAUCAACUAGUCAGCUGUAUAAAGCAGUUAUGGAUUUUUUACCUCUUCAUUUAACCAGAUGUGUUGUUAUGACAUUGAUCUAGUCAACAAUGGCAGGUGCAUGUGCUAACUUCUACAGCAUUUUUUUUUUCUUUUUUUUUUUUUUUCACUUGUAACUUUUUAGGUCUUAAAUGCAUACAUUGUGUCUAAAAAGUCUGAUUUCUUGAAAUAUUUGAGCAGUGAGCAUGAAGUAAGUCCCUCUGGUUGAUAGACUGGGCAUCAGUUGACUUUACAAUAUUUAUACACAGAUAUACAUAUUUAUACAUAGAUGGUGACUUGUCUGUUUAUCCACUGCCAAAGCAGUUUGUUUAACUGAGACACUUGUGAGCUUAUGCAUAGUAUUAAAAUUCAUUUUUUAUUUUAUAUAUUAAGUAAAUUUUCCUUUUCUUAGAUAAUAUUAUCAACUUGAAACUAAAUUUAUCUAGAAGUUUAUAUAGCAGGGAGAAGGCCAAUAGUUAAAAAAUCUCUUCCAUUGUUUUUGUGCCAAACUUGCCUGUCUCUUUAUUAAAUGUCUCUUCAAUAUAUUUAUUAAAGGUUUGUCCCAUAUCUUUAUUUACAUCUCUUUGUUAAUUCUUAUUCAUUGGGAUUGUUGGUCAACAUUCACAUAUUCUGUAGACUAUUCCCAAUAAGUGUUUACAAUUUUAUGAUAGAUAUUACUAUGUUCUUUCUCCUUAGUUCACAGGUUUCAUUCAUCAGUAUUCAUUCAUUCUGUUCUUUUAUAUUUUUAUACAACCAGUAAAGAGUGGUUUAACUUCAUUUUAUGUUGUUUGUGUCGCAGUGAAACUGUCACCUUCUGUAUAAUAUUUUACAGCCAUGAUUGAUUUUAAAAUGUCACAUCAUCAGUGAAUGUUACAAAUGAUAUGGGUGUGUAACAACUUAGCUCCCCCAUUUAUUUUGUGAAGUUUCACUCGAUUCUAUUUAUUGUGAUAUUCCACUUAGAUGGCUUUGGAAAAACCGCCAUUGCUCUAGUGAUUGGUUUC